AUGAAGCCGAAGAAAACAGAUAAAGUAGGCGUGAUUAAAGAUCUAAAAACGAAUUAUUUUUAUGUUAUUAAAUUAAUUGAUACGAAUUUCGAAAAUGAUGAACGAAGACAACAAUUAUUUUCUCUCGUAGAUGUAUAUAAUCAAAUAAAAUUUGCAUGUUUACCAGAAAUAAUUAUAAAAUUUGAUCCAAAAGCUAAUCAAAUUCAUACACUAACAAGGUACUAUCAUCAUGGAUCUCUUCAAAACUUAAUCGAUGCCAAUCAAAUUGAUCAACUUACAUUAGAAGAGAAAAUGGAAAUCAUAUUUUCCGUUACUGCAGCAACUCACGCACUUCAUGCAAAUAAUAUUAUUCAUUCCAACAUAAAACCUACAAAUAUAUUGUUUGAUCACUCAAAUACUCCGAUUUUAUGUGAUAUUAAUUUCAUUGCACAAUUAAAUACGGAAAAUACUAUUCAAUCAGGCGUUUCUAUGCAUGAUGAUAUAUUAUCUUUGCAGAAAAUAUAUAAAAUCUUGCUCAAAAAUUCAGAAGUUUACAAAACGAUAAGCGUUAAUAAUUUUAUUGAGUCAUGUUGUAAUGAAGAAAUUACGACGUUCCAAAUUUUAGAAAAUAUGAUACAAAAUAACUUUUUCAUGGAAACUGUCAAUAAUACAUUUAUUGAGAAAUUAUUCAAUAAUUUAUACCCGAGUUUUAUAGGCAUAGAUACAAAUAUUUCAAUAGACAUUUCCGAUACCAUUAUAGAUCAUAAUAAUCCAGAAAUAUGCCUAGCUUAUGCAUCAAAAUUUUGGUCUGAAAUAUCCAAUAGUCAUUCUUUCUCAAAAUCAAUUGAGUUACUUAAUGAAAGUAGCAAUAAUCCCUUCUCGGCAUUUAACCUUGCUAAAAUAUACCUUUCAGGAUCAGUUGAGAAAUUAAAUAUCGAAAAGUCGUUUGACUUAUUGAAAUAUGCAUCCAAUCAAGGAUUAAAACAAGCUGAUCUUGAACUUGCCAAGUUAUUACUACGAGGAUACCAAAAUAAUACAGUUGGCAGUAUUUUGAAUUUGUUGUCUUCAGCUGCUGAUGCAGAUAUCCCAGAAGCUAACUUUAUAUUAUCGCAGAUCUAUGAAAAAGGUAUUUCUGUUGAAAAAAACUCUGAAAUGGCAAUGAAAUAUUUGAGAUUGUCUGCAAACCAAGGAAACAUUGAUGCAAUGUUUAGAUAUGGAACUAUGCUAAGAGAAGGUCAUGGAAUCGCCCAAAAUCUUCAAGAAGCAGCUCAAAUUUUCCAAGAUGCAGCUGAAAGAGGCGACGUUCAAGCCAAAAACAAGUUUGGACUCUUCCUAAGAAACGGAAUUGGUGUGAAGAGAGACUAUAUCAAAGCUGCAAGUUUAUUCAAACAAGCUGCAGACCAGAAUUACGCAGAAGCACAAAACAAUUAUGGAGUCAUGAUAAAACUUGGAGAAGGAGUUCCCAAAAACUCGAAAAUUUCUGCGAAAUUUGUUGAAAAAGCAGCAAAUCAAGGUUGUCCAGCAGCUCAAAACAAUUAUGGAUGGAUGCUAAAGGUUGGCUAUGGUGUAGAAAAGUCUCUACCUAAAUCAUCUCUCUUCUUCAAACUCAGUUCAGAAGGAGGAAGUAAAUAUGGCCAAAAUAAUUACGGUUUGGCACUUUUAUUCGGUUAUGGAAUCAAGAAGAAUGAAAAGCUUGCUGUUCAAUACUUCCAUGACAGUGCUAAACAAGGUGAUAAAUAUGGCUGUCUCAAUUACGGACUUUGUCUCUAUGAAGGAAUUGGUUGUUUGCAAAAUGAAAUUGAAGGAAUGAAAUACAUCAGAAAAAGUGCAGAUUUAGGAGUUGUCAACGCUAUGUUUCUUUUUGCAAAUAUCUGUAAAGAUGGUAUAGGUGUUGAGAAUGACUAUAAGCUCGCAUGCCAAUACUACAAGAAAGCUGCAGAUAUAGGACAUGAAGAUGCAAAAUUUUGUUAUGGUUUGUUACUUAAAAAAGGAAAAGGUUGCGAAAAAAGUGAUGCUGAAGCUGAUAAAUAUUUAAGCAUUGAUAUCACAGAUGACAGUAGAUACUUCCAUAUCGAGAAAAGAAAAUCAAAUAAAUUGGAAAUGGCAAGAGAAAGUGACAUUUUCAGUUCAUUUAUUUCUGACAACGGUUGUUGCGGUUUGGAUUUGGAUGUAGAAGAAUGUUUAAACGAAUUCAAUCUAUCUAUCGAAACAGAGAAAUAUAUCAAAGAAGCUGCUGAUAAAGGAAAUAGCGAUGCCCAAUUAGAAAUGGCCAAAAUCACAAAAGAUGACAAAGAAAAAGAAAAUUAUUUAGAAAAGGCAGCAAAAAAUGGAAAUACUGAAGCAAAAAUCGCUUGUGAUAUAUUAAAUACUGCUAAGAAACAAAGAGUCAAGAAGAUUAGAAGAAUUAAAACAAAAGUUCCACUGUCAAAACUCAAUUUCAACUCAAAAUCAAAUGGAGAUCUUGAUUUCACUGAUUUAUUAAAUCAAGAAAAAUUGGAUGAUGCAAAAAAUCAUCAAUUUUUUGAUUACGAGUAUUUCUAUGAAGAAGAAGAUUAUGAUGUGAUCAAUGAUAAUGAUGUUGAUUCACUAAUGAAUGGAAGUGAAUUAGGUCUUCCUGAAGCAAAUUAUCAGUUAGGUUUGUUGUAUAAAAAAGGAGAAAAAGUUGAAAAAGAUGAACAAAAAGCCGACGAAGAAUUCAAGAAAGCUGCUGAUAAAGGACAUGUUGAUGCAAUGCAUAAGCAUGCAAAGAUUUUAUUAGAAAAUGAAAAUGAAAGCGAAGCUGAAAAAUACUUUUUGAAGGCUGCUGAAAAUGGAAAUGAAAAAAGUGCCAUUGAAUUGUCAAAAAUUGCAAAUGAUGAUGCAACUAAAGAGAAAUCUGCUGAUAUCAUCAAAGACAUGUGCACAAGAUGCAAUAAUGCAGAACUUUAUUAUAGAUAUGCUGUGAUUUUAAGAGAUGGAAUUGGAAUUCAAAUUGAUUUGCAAAAAUCAAGCCAUUAUUUCUUAUUAGCAGCUAAAAUGGAAUAUUUAGAUAGUGGUUAUCAACAUGGUUUACUAAUUAUCAAUGAAAACAAAAUAAAAUUUUCGAUGGAAGAAUCUAAAAAUUUUAUUUUGGAAGCAAUGUCGAAAUAUCAAACAGAUUUCUCUGUAUAUCUGUUAGGACUUUGCUUGUUAACAGGUAUUGGAUUCACCAAAGAUAAAUCUCAUGCAAUUUCUCUCUUAAAUCAAUCUCAAAGAUUGUCUGCAAAAGAAAUUGUCACUUUUUAUAACAACAAAGACAAAAAAUGUUAUGAAAGAGCUGUAGAAUAUCUUGCAGAAGCCGGAUGCAUUGAAGCAAUGAACAAAUUAGCACUUCAAAAGAAAGAAAACCAAGAAAUUAAUGAUUAUGUAGAUCUUGUCAAAACCGCCGCUGAUUUUGACAAUCCACAAAGUCAGUUUGAAUAUGGAACGUGUUUAUUCGAAGGCAGAGGUAUCGAACAGAAUAUUAGACAAGGAAAGAACUUGAUUGAAAAAGCAGCUGUCGCUGGAAACCCUGAUGCUCAAUUUUACAUCGCAAAAGAAUUAGAAAAAGGUGACAAAAUUGAACAAGAUCUGGAGAAAGCCGCCGAGUAUUAUGGAGAAGCUGCUGAGAACGACCAUUCUGGAGCUCUUUGUAGGCUCGCUAUGAUAAAUAUUAACGAAACUGCACCAAACUCUGAUAAAUCUCAAGGAUAUGAGAUGCUAAAGGCAGCAGCCGAAGCAGGAAACCCUGAAGCAGUUGAAAUAUUCAAGGAAAUCGAUGAUGAAGAUGUCAUUUUACCUGAUUUGACAACAAAUAAUAAUUCAAAUCUUAGCGAUAACGAAUUCCCUGAAGUUGCAAGUGGUAUCAAUGUUCUUGAUUUAGUAUCUCAGAAGAUGAGUGAUACAACUCCUUUGGUUCAAAGAGAAAAAUUAAUUUGGAAGAAAUCUAAACCAAGUCAAGAAGUAGAAAUUCUAAGUUUUGGUUCUGAUGAUGAGCAAUCUACAUCUCCUGUCGGUUCUCCUAAAGGAUUCAUCAAGCCAAGCAUCAGUUACGGAAGUAUCGCAAACAAGAUCAAAUUGAUACAAGAAAAGAUGAAUACUGUGGAACAAAAGCAAGAUGAGCAAUCAAAAAUCGUUGAGAAUGAAGAAAUCGAAGAAGAUCAAAAUUCUCAAUUUGCAAAACAAGAAAAAUCCAAAGAAAUGAAUCAAAACCCGUCAAUCAUUAGUCAAAGCGAUAGCGGUUUACCUGAAAAUCCUCAAAUUGAGGAAAAAUUAGAUCAAAUUAUAACAACAAAAGAGUAUAUUGCUGAUGAUACGCAUGUGAUUGUCCAUUCUACGUCUAUACCUUCACCUUCAAAGCAAAAUGAGAACCUAAUUACUGUAAUUGAAGAUGAAAUUGAUUUAGAUACUGCUUCUAAAGGAAAAGAACCUGAUGUCGAUCCAUAUUUCGUUGGAAAAAUAGAUAUUGAAGAAAAAUCUGAUGCUGAUGACAAGAAAUUACUUGAUGAAAAUCAAGUUCUGGAACUAGAUCUCAAAACUGACUCUGAUUCACCGAAAGGAAGCACUAAUUCACCAUCUGUCAACCUUCUUGAUGAAAAUCAAGUUCAACCAUUAGAUCUCAAAUUAAAAUCAGAUUCUUAUGAUUCCUUAGCUGUAAAAAUCGGAACAAGUGGAUUGAAUGAAGAAGAAAGUGCCGAAUUAAGCUAUUUGGGCGAAAAAGAUGUUGAAAAUCCAGAAGAAGAUUUCAAUUAUCUCCAAGAAAAAGAUGUUUUGCCUAUUUCUUCACAGAGAAAAGCUUUAACUCCUUCUCCAAAGCACAGUCAAACAAAGGAGCAUCAUUUCCAUACACCUCACAAUAAAUUUAACAGAAAAUUUUCCAUUUUCAGUCCAACAAACAGGUUUUAUGAGCAAAAGAGGCCUUCAAACAUCGAAAUCCCUAUGGAACAACCUGAAUCUUCAUCAUCUUUUGCCUUUACCCCAUCUCCGAUUUCCAAAUCUGAUUCCGUGAAAUUCUCUCCUGAAGUAACAACUAAAGCAAAAUCUCCUAAAUUUACAACUCCCACUAAUUCUCCAAAUUCAACUCUCAAAGUUUUAUCUGAUGACAUUUUAGUGUCAGAAAAUAGUUUUGCGAGUGAUUCUCCGACCAAAUCACCUAAAGAACCAGAGAUCUUAGAUAUUGGUGAUACGAAGAAGCAUCACCAUCGUCAUAGAUCUUCUAAAAGUGAAUCGAAUUCUGUCAAAUCUCCUUCAAUUUUGAAAUCUCCAAAGAGAUCUGUCGCUUCAACAAAAAGUGACAUUUCUCCAAAGAAAGUUUCAAUUCAAACGAGUUUUGAUAGCGAAUCUACUUUUGAUAGUGAAGAAAUAAAGUAUUCUCCUAAGAAUCUUUCACCAAAGAUUUCAAGUUUAGGCAAAGAAGAUGAUUCUUCAUCGAAGAAGAGGAAGAAACAUCACAAGAAGACGAAUUCUUUGUUAGAAAUCGCUGGGAAAGAGAAAGAUCUUUCUCCACAAGCACAAAGAAUCAUUGAUGGAAUGAAGAAGUCGAGAUUUAUCAUAACUCCUGAAAUUGAUUUGGAAGAAAUAGAAAGAACAUCUCAAAAAGAUGACGACAAUUUCAUUGACGAUCCAUACAGCAAUCAAACAGCGAAUGAAUUCAUUGAUUCAAUCUCUGUUGCAUCAAAAAGAUUGGCAAGCGAAGGAGAUUCCGAUGAACAACUUAAAUACGCCUUGUAUUUAUUAGGAACGUGUUCAACAGAAGAAAACCAGCCAGAUAAAUACGAAGAAGCAAUGAAGAAUCUCGAGAAAAGCUCAAAAUCUCAAAACCCUUCUGAUGUUUUUCUUUAUAAUCAAUUCAGAGAUCGUAAAUCAAAAAGUGACACACAACGGUUAAUGUCAGAUACAUGUUUACAUUUUAAGAGGCUUGCUGAACAAGGCGAUGCAUCCGCCAUGUAUGUUUAUGCUUUGAUGUUGCGAUCUGGAUUUGGCGUCAAACAAGAUUUGCCACUUUCUGUCACUUGGUUCAAAGCAGCAGGAAAACGAGGACAUGCAGGAGGAAAUUACAACGCAGGAUUAAUGAUUAGACACGGAAUCGGACAUCCUUCGAAUCCUUCACAUGCUGCUUAUUAUUAUAAACAAGCUGCUGACGCCAAAUAUGCAAAGGCUGCUUUUAAUUUGGGCCUUUUGUAUUUGAAAGGUCAAGGAGUAACAAAAAGUAAUGAAAAUGCAGCAGUUUAUUUCAAAAUUGCUGCUGAUAAAGGUGACAGUGCUUCACAGGCAAAUUAUGGUUUGAUGCUUAAGAACGGAUACGGUGUUCACAAAGAUAUCGAAAGAGCACAAAAAUAUUUCGAACUUUCCGCAAAACAAAAUGAUCCUGUCGGAUUGAAUAAUUUAGGUUUGGUUUUAAUGGAAAAAGGUGACAAAGAAAAUGCCACACUUUUAUUCAAAAAGUCUGCUGAUUUAGGAAAUAUUAAAGCGAUGUAUAACUAUGGAUUAUCUAGGAUAAAUGACGAUCCUAUGGAGAGCGCAAGAUAUUUCCAGAUGAGUGCAGAAAAAGGAAAUUCCGACAGCCAAUUAAAACUCGGAAUGAUGUUAAGAAGCGGAGAUGUUUUGCCACAAGAUUUGAUAACUGCAUUACAUUAUAUUGUUUUGUCUGCUAAACAAGGCAAUGUUAAUGCAAUGUGUGUCUUGGGAAGAAUGCUUAAACAAGGUGAAGGAACAACAAAGAAUCCAACUUUGGCUGCAAAAUACUUUUUGUUUGCUGCAAAACAUGGAAAUAAUAUUGCGAUGUUAAACUACGGUCUGAUGUUGAAAGAUGGAACAGGAGUUGAUCAAAACAUCGAAGAAUCAGUGAAAUUCAUUAAAAUGUCGGCAGAUUCAGGAAACGCUGAAGCUCAAUGUUAUUACGCAACAAUGUUAUCGAAUGGAAAGAAUAUCGAAAAGAACAGAGAAAUGGCUAUAAAUUACUUUAAAUUGGCAGCACAACAAGACUUCUCUCCAGCAAAGAAAUGUUUAGAACGUCUUCAGAAACCAAAGAGGAAACAUUAA